AUGUCGAAGACACUGCCAGCAAAGGCGGCAUGGCUGCGGAAAGGCAAAGCGCCUCUGGAAGUCGGAGAAGCUACAUACACACCUCCUGGAGAAGGCGAAAUUGUCAUCAAAAAUGCAGCCGUGGCAGUCAACCCACUGGAUCAUUUCAAGCGAGACGCAGGCGGGUUUGCAUUCGGCUGGAUUAAGCUUCCCUUCAUCAUGGGCUCCGACGCUGCUGGAGAGGUUGUCGAAGUGGGCUCCAACGUCAAUCGGUUCAAGAUUGGCGAUCGCGCUACGGGCCAAGCGGUGGGCAUGGAUCGUCGGAGUAAUAAGUCCAGUGAAGGCGCAUUCCAGACGUAUACAGUGCUCCGCGAGGUGGUGAGCUCUCCCAUUCCGGACACGAUUUCAUAUGAACAAGCUUGUGUUCUCCCUCUUGGACUCUCUACGGCCUCCUGUGGGCUCUUUGACAAAGACUUCCUUGCGCUCCAAGCUCCGACACUGGACCCCAAACCCACGGGCAAGACAGUUCUGAUAUGGGGAGGCUCUAGUAGCGUGGGAUGCAACGCAAUCCAACUAGCUCGAGCCGCAGGCUACAAAGUCAUCUCGACCGCCUCGCCGAGUAAUCACGCCUUACUGCGCCAACUCGGAGCGUCCGAAGUGUUCGAUUACAAAAGCCCCACCGUCGUAGCCGACAUCGUCAAAACCCUGCAAUCACACACCGUCGCUGGAGCCUUCGCAAUCGGAGACUACUCCACGGAAGCCUGCAUAUCCAUCCUUGGAAAGUGCAAAGGUCGGAGAUUCAUCGCUCAAGCCAGCGUCACUUUACCUGAGGGUGGCUUCCCAAGCUCUCUUCCAGGAAUGGUACCGUUCGGUGCGACGAUGACUUACCGCGGCGUCUGUUCGAUGCUCAAGGCUAAGCAGAAUGGGGUCUCGAUGAAGUUCAUCUGGGGUUCUGAUCCGGCGUGGAAUGAGCUGGGACCAAUGAUCUAUCAAGACUUUCUCCCUCGAGCGCUGGCGGAGAAGAAAUUUGUGCCUGCUCCCGAGCCCAUGGUUGUGGGGAUUGGUUUGGAGUAUGUUCAGGAAGGGUUGGAGGUGAAUAAGAAAGGUGUUUCUGCGAAGAAGGUUGUAAUCAAGCUCUGA